AUGAAGCAACGGAUAACAUAUGUUGUGACGGAACCAGAGUCUUUCACCCCUGAACAGAUCAGCGUUCAAAAAAGAAAGAAUGGAAAUGGGGAUACUUUUACCUUGAAAGGCGUCCAUGCAGCGAAAGAACACCGUAUUACACUUGGUCUCGACGAACUAUCGCAAGCACCAAUCAAUAUCGAAGUUCUGAAGAAAUGGCAUGAACUACAUAUUCGCUGGGCUUCCGACUUCCCAGACUCAGUAACUGCUCCAUUCACGUCACGCGUGUCACCAGGCCUCCACAUCUUCUUCACACCUUCCACAGAGGCCAAGAAUCCCGAUUUGUGCCGGGACAUACGAUCACUUUUCAGCGAUACUUACAGCCCCAUCAAAUGCACGACGUCACACGAGACGGCAAUCAAGAUACCGAUGCUUUCAGAGCGCUUCUCCAUGUCUACAGCCUUGCAGUACUACUCACCGUUCUCAGAGGACGAUUGGGAUGCGUCAAAGAUCGCUGAGUGGUUUCAAAAUAUGACUGGAGCGGAUUCAUCAGCCUCAUACAUCGACAUCGACUACGACGCUAUAUCGCAGGCCGUAAUCUUCACAGUCGUUUGGUCCCAUGCACCCAAUAAGAAAGGCUGGACAGAGUCUGUCUAUGUCCCGGAAGAUGAGUCGACCGUCGAGAUCGGCGUCCUAUCCCAUGAACCUAACACCGACCCCGAAGAUGUGCAAUUCGGCGGAUUCUUGACCAUGCUCGGUCGGGACGACAAACCAAAACCCACACGUUUCCAAACCCCAACCCGGCACUACCCCCUCCUAACCCCAGAAUCCUUCAACCCCAACACUACCCCCAAACUUUCGCCCCUAACAUACACAACCUCCAUCAACCGCCCCACCGGCCUGCACCCAACCCUAACCCUCACGCUCCCAUCAGAGCACCUGACCGCACCGGACCCAACAUGCAAGCUGCACACGUACCUCACGCUCCCAUCCGCGCUCUUCAUCGACAAGUACCAAUUUAGCGACCCUCUCUUCCUGACAUCCAAGAACCUGAUAGCCCUGCGCAGCAUAGCAGGCGCCACAGAUCUCGAAGCUCCAGACUGGGUGGUUCCACAAUGGGGCUCUGCAUCACUCUUUGAGCUCGCCUCUCCUUCCUCCUCCGCCGCGGACACCGAGGCGUCCGCUCCUCCGUCGUCAGGAGACUGGAACGUUUCCAUACCCCUGCACCUCCGUUACCUCCCCGCGUCCCCCACCCCACACACGCCCAUCUCCAUCCCCUGGCCCGUCGUGUUCUGGGUAUGCCGUGCCGACGAGGGCGAAAAGCAUUCGUUAAACCCCUUCGACCGAAAGCAUCUGGGGUAUGAGGCGUUGUUCGGGCCCAAGACGAGGUUUAUGCAUGUCCAGCCAGCGAGAGAGAGGGGUGCGGAUGAGGAGUAUAAGAGGUUGGUGGAGACGAUCGAUGUGCCGGUGUUGGAUACGCAGAAGGCGGGGAUGGUGGAGAUGGGGACUGUGGGGGUUGUGGUGUUGGCGUUUUUGGGGCUGUGUUGGGUGUUGUUUGGAAAGGUUGGAGGGAAGGAGGCUGCGGAUAAGAUGAAGAAGAAGCAGUGAAAGAACAGGAUGGACCGAGUUGAAGGAGGUCACUUGCAUGGUGCACAUUGUUAUUAUAGCGAAGCAUAGAGCAAGAUUAUAGUCCUGUUGAGUCAUUCUUUUCGUGUACUGCAAAACGCCGUUACUGGCAGGUUGCCAAACUAGCUAUUGGGUAUCGUAGGUCCUCUCUUGCGCCAAAUCUUCCUCCUACGUCGUUAUGAAAGGGAUAGUCUCCUAGCAUCACUACUUGGCUG